AAAACCUCAAGGCAAGCCUGGAUUUAUUGCGCAGUUCUUGGGACUGCCCGCAGUAAAGGCAAUGACCGGGUCCACAUGUAAAACUGUUGCUGAAAUUUGCGCUAAUGAGACCUCUGACCCUCCUCAGGAGGGAAAAGAUUUACUGCUAAACCCCUUGCAAAACUCGGAAAAAGCGGAAGUAAAUGCUGCUAAGUCAAACCAGAAAAGUAACGCACAUGCGGAAGUGCCUGCUCAGAAAACUCCAGCAGAGGAGGGGCCUGAAACACCUACUGAUCUCAUCGAUCUGGGGGGAGCAGCGUCUCGGCCUCCGCCCACGGCACCUCCUCCUGCGCCUCCGACUGCCGUGUAUCCACCGCUGCCCCCCUUCAGCGAUUCAUCUGGUCCGUCAACUCCGCCUCCCGACAAGAGUCGUAAACGGUCCGCAGACACCACAGAAAAAAAAAUGUUACAGACAGUUUUAAAGCGGCUCGAGGAGUUAGACUUAUGUGUGGGGAGAAAGGAUGAUAGCACACCUUCAUGGCUAGUGAAUCCCUCAACACCUCCGAGGACUACACGCUGGAGUGGCGUUAUUAGAGACACUAUAUUAGAUGAUCGUGGUCCAGUGUGGGUGCCCAGUAGAGUCAUAAAAACUGCUCUGAUUCAACAUGAUCCACCUGACAACCAAGAUGUUCAAGAUCCUGAACAUCUUGAUCAAUCUUGAUCAGAUGUUCAAGAUCCUGAACAUCCCAAGAUCAAUAUCCCUAGGGAUAUUGAUCCCGGUGGUAAUGACUCUUCACAAAAUUGAGCCCAGAGAAAAUAUGUGGGUUACCUGGGCAAACAAAACAAGAUAACAAGCUUUUUGCCUAUUGCUUGCCUCUGCUAUAGAGCUUUUUCAGACAUGUUUGAUAGAAAUAACUGGCUUUAAGGUAGAAGAAUUUAGCAACUAUAGUGUGUACUAUUAGCUCAAAGUCAUGGUUGUGAGGAUUUUGAAGGCAUGUGCUGUAUGAACUUGUCCAAUCACAGUAAAUCAAUUCAUAAACAGUUGUAGUGGUUAAAAAAACAUGCCAACAAAAUUCAUCAAAACCAUGGGUUUUUAGAUGGGUGGCUAAUUAUCUUGUUUGGGAAUAUGCGGCAAUGAUUAGUAGACUUGCUUGUUGAAGGCUUGCGCAUUAUAAUAAUCCUUGUAAUCAUAGGUCUGUGCUUAUGUUUAGUACUUAGUUGUAUUAAGAGAACUAUGUUAAAAGUAGUAAACAAGCCUGGAUUGCUCAAAAACAAAAAUGGGGAAUUGUGGAGGAAUGGCUGUGUGAAAAAGGCCACGAUUUAAUUGCGAUGAGCAACCCAGUCUUUGAUGUAGAUAAAGGCCUGGAGAUGACCAUGAGCUCUCCUGGAAAAAGCAGAAGUAAGCAGCAGCAGCUACUUGGUAGAUAAGAUAAACGGGACCGCAUCCAGAAGAUGCGAGAAUGUUGCUGCGGGUGGACAAGGGGUCUACACCAAUUGUGUGACCGCUCUGGUCGCGUGAACAGAGAUUGUAAGCCAAUCGUAGAGCUACCGCUAGCGCGUGCUCUGCUUGCCUGUCUAUAUAUACUUUGGAAAAACAUAAAUAAAGGGAGAACGAUCAUACUCAUAUUGAGGUUACAUCGUUACUCCGGGUCCGUCUCCCACUCCCGACAUCCUCCUCCUCCCGACACCUGGUCACGAAUGGAGGGGCUAAGUCUCAAGCCCCUGGGAUUUGCCCUAGAUGCCGAAAAGGACGUCAUUAUGCUAAUCAAUGCCGGUCUAAGUAUGAUUUCCAGGGCCAACCCAGGGAAAGCAAUCACGGAGCGCGAGGCAGCGAGGUGUGCAGACACAAGUACCACAGCCAACGUUCCAACCUCCACGGAGGGAAGCAGCAGUGCCUCAAGUCUUUGUCCAGCAAGAGCUGGUAGCACCAGAUCGGACCUAGCAACCUCCUACACAGUAACGUUACUUGAUUCCUUGGUUCACCUAUUGUCAACAAACAUCUCGGGGCCCUCACCCCCUGGAACACAAGUGCUGUUGUUAGGAAGAUCAUCUACAACAUUGUCAGGUCGUUUUGUAUUACCAGGGGUAGUUGACUCUGACAGUACUGAUGAAAUUAAGAUUGUGGUAUGGACCCCAUCUCCUCCCUGCACAAUACCUAAAGGUAGCUGUACAGCGCAAUUAAUAUUGAUUCCAGCGGGGACAAACUCCCCCGUUUCUAGUCAACCUCAACAAAGGAGGGGAGGGUUUGGAUCUACAGAGAACCUGCAAAUUCUAUGGGUACAAUCUAUUUCUCAAAAGCGACCCGUAUGUCAAUGUACCCUUAUCCGCAGAGGACAGCAAGUAGUGCUAAAUGGAAUUAUUGAUACUGGAGCUGAUGUUACAGUAAUCUCUCGUGGUAAGUGGCCCCCGCAAUGGCCUCUGGCUAACGUUUCCCAAGCAUUGGCUGGAAUUGGGGGAACUGGUAACAGCCACCAAAGUGUGGAAUCAAUCCAAAUCAAAGGUCCGAAGGGGCAUAUAGUCUCUGUUAAACUCUUUGUGUUACCCUUUCCCAUGAUUCUGUUGGGGUGUGAUGUGCUAUCACAGUGGGGAAUGUCCAUUCAGACCCAUUUUUAGACAGGGCCAUUGAAGUGUGUGACACCCUAAAGUUGACAUGGAAAACUGAUUCCCCUAUUUGGGUAGAUCAAUGGCCCUUACCACUGGAAAAGCUUUGUGCCCUCCAAGAAUUAGUCAUGGAACGGUUAAUGAAAGGGCAUAUUAUGCCUUCCACUAGUCCUUGGAAUUCACCUGUUUUUGUUAUUAAGAAACAAACUGGCAAGUGGCGCUUGCUCCAUGACCUCAAGAAAAUUAAUGAUGCUACGGAAGACAUGGGAGCCCUCCAACCAGGACUCUCGUCCCCCACUAUGAUUCCUCAACAUUGGCAUUUGACUGUUAUUGACCUCAAGGACUGCUUUUUUAAUAUCCCAUUACACCCAAAUGAUGCUCCUAAAUUUGCUUUUUCAGUCCCAAGUGUCAACAUGCAAGCCCCAUUGCAAAGAUACCAGUGGGUUGUGUUGCCACAAGGAAUGAAGAACAGCCCUACAAUCUGUCAGUGGUAUGUAGCUGAAGUACUUAGUCCUGUUAGGACCGCAAUGUCCGAUGUCUUGUUGUACCAUUACAUGGAUGAUAUCCUAGUGGCCACACAACAUCACGAGGUCAUGGAGGAAGCUGUAGCCCUUGUCAUAUCUGCUGUCAACUCAGCAGGCCUCUGUAUUGCACCAGAGAACGUUCAAAAAAUACCCCCAUGGAAAUAUUUAGGUUGGCGCAUAAGGGCCCAGACUAUAGUUCCUCAACCCUUACAGAUUGACACAGACGUGCAGAAUUUGCAUGAUGUACAGAAAUUGUUGGGAACAAUCAAUUGGGUUUGACCACUGUUAGGAACUUCUAAUGUGGAAUUGUGUCCUUUAUUUGAAUUACUUAAAGGGGAUACAAAUCUGUGUUGCCCUCGUAGCCUUGGCCCAGAAGCUAUGUCAUCGUUACAAAAGGUUGCAAGGGCAAUUACUCUCAGACAAGCACACCGAUGGGCUCCCAAAUUACCUUUUUAUCUAAUCAUUUUGAACCCCGCUCGACAAUAUCAUGCAUUAAUAUUUCAAUGGGACCCUCAGAAAUCAGACCCACUGCUGAUUAUCGAAUGGGUUUUCUUGCCGAAUCAAUCUACAAAAACCAUUUCGACACAGCAUGAGAUAUUUGCUUCCUUGAUAAUUAAAGCCAGGCAACGCUUGUUAACAUUGUCAGGAAUAGACUUUGCUCACAUUUGCUUGCCUGUGACAAACAUGUAUUUACAAUGGCUUUAUCAGCAGUCAGACACCUUUACUAUGGCAUUGGCAGACUACACGGGUCAACUCACAUCCCACCCAGCUUCACAUAAGCUGCUGAAUGUUGACUUUCACUUGUUAUCCAGACCGAAAAGGAGCGAUCAGCCAUUACAAACCCUUACUGUAUUCAUAGACGGAUCUGAAAAAUCGCACAAAUCAGUCAUUCUGUGGUGGGAUGUCCAGAAUGAACAAUGGGAAUCGGACAUAGAAACCGUUCCUGGUUCUCCCCAGGUAGUGGAGCUAACUGCAGUUGUUCAAGUUUUUCGAAAACGGUCUACGCCACUUAGCCUUGUCACUGAUUCAGCCCAUGUUGCAGGGAUUGUUGAGCAAGCUGAGGCAUCUGUAUUACGUAAUGUCUCACAUUCCGAACUAUUUGCUUUAUUACAGGAACUUAUCUCUCUCUUGGACUCUCGUCCUCACCCCAAUUUAGUUAUGCAUGUCAGGUCACACACUUCUCUACCUGGUUUUAUUGCAGAAGGGAACUGACGAGCUGAUUUGCUGACAUUACCAGUACAGGUAUUGCCGGAUCGUAUAGCACAGGCUAAACUCAGCCAUUCUUUCUUUCCCCAGAAUGCUGGAGGUCUCAAAUUGCAGUUUGGGCUUACCUCCCAACAAGCAUCUACUAUUGUUGCCAUAUGUCCUGACUGUCAAAGGCAUUCCUGCCCAUCGAUAGCAGGAGGGGUCAAUCCUAGAGGACUGCAGAGCCGUGGCAAACGGAAAUUACGCACUGUCCAGAGUUUGGUAAAUUGAAAUACGUCCAUUCCUCUAUUGAAACAUUUUCAGGUGCUUGGUUUGCUUCUUGCCUCACAGGGAAAAAGGCACGUGCAUGCUUUUGCCACCUUGGGCAUACCCUCUCCAAGAAAAACGGACAACAGCCCUGCAUAUGUCUCAACUGCAACAAAAGCCUUUCUUGACUCCUGGGGUAUAACCCACAUUACCAGCAUUUCUCAUUCCCCUACAGAUAAUAAUCCUCCGAUAGUUCGGCAUUUUAAUGUGAAUGCUUCACUUGAAGCAUGAAUUAAAGCCCUGGUGUUGGUUCGUGAUCCAGAAACAGGUAAGAUCAUGGGACCAUAUCCUCUUUUUAUGUGGGGAAGAGGUUAUGCUUGUGUCUCCACAGAAAAAGGCCCCAGGUGGAUUCCGGCGAAGAACGUGGGACCCUUUGGUGAAUCCCUGCCACAAUCAUCGAGUGACGACUCCGAUCAUCUCUUUGAUCAACAAACUCCUGAGCCCUCUGGGACUGCGAACGAUGGAGACACUGAUGACUAAGACGCUGAGGGAGCCUCAGAGCGUCUGGAUAGGGGCGAAGAGUGGCAUCCAUGCAUAUACCCCCAAUUGUAGUGAUAAUGUGGAGUUUUGGUCUUUUAGUCAAUGCUUUACCGCCUCUCUUUUGUUACCUGGAGUUGUCGCUGGGAGAGCAUUAGCGCCUUUAGGAAGGGGGAGAUGUGGGACGAGGCCUGAAGAGCAGAACCCCGAGUACCGCUCAACUCAUUAGCCAGGAUGUGCUGGAACUUGUAGGCCAUAAACCAUGGGAAACUGAAGAUGGCCAUCACCAUAAAAGGGCAAAAUGAGGGCCUGAUACCAGAAACCCGGCAAAUGGUGCAGCACCCAGGUAAGCACAUAUGUAUAAACAAGAUUUUUCUCAGCUGCUGUUCUAUAACUGGCACAAGUGAUUGUAUUUAUAUAAUCAUAUUUACAAAAGAUAUAACAGUUCUGUCAACAAGACCCGUGCCACCCAAUUCACAGACUCCAAAGCAAGGACUGGGACAAUGAAGUACUUGCUGCUCACCGUAGGAGGAGAUCAGGUUCAAGACCAUCUAAAGAACCUGAAUGUGCACAAGUCCAUGGGACUUGAUGAGAUGCAUUCGAGGGUCCCAAGGGAACCGGCAGAUGAAGUUGCUAAGCCACCAUUCACCAUAUUUGAGAGUUGUGACAGUCUGCUGAAGUUCCCAGCGACUGGAAAAGAGGAAAUAUAACCCCCAUUUUUAAAAAGACCUGGAGAACUACAGGCUGGUCAGUCUCACCCCUGUGCCCAGGAAAGGUCAUGGAGCAGAUCCUCCUGGAAACUCUGUUAAGGCACAUGGAAAACAGAGAGGUGAUUGGUGACAGCCAAUGUGGCUUCACAAAGGGAAAAUCGUGCCUGACAAAUCUGGUGACCUUCUACGACAGCAUUAUAGCAUUGGUGGAUACGUGGAGAGCGAUUGAUGUCAUCUACGUGGAUUUGUGCAAAGCAUAUUAUACUGUCCCAACACAACAUCCUUGUCUCUAAACGCUAAUUGGCACUCAUGUUAUUCUCCUCCUUUACUCACAAGAUAUCCAACGGAGAUGCAGCAUGUUGUCUUAUGAGGAAAGUGUGUGCUUGCCCUGAUGUGUACCCCAUUAACCCUUCAAUCUGAUGAAGAAAAACUGGAAAUAUUGUAAUCUUCACAGAAUAUGUCUAUCACGUUACUCAGAGUACAUGUUGCUGCCUUGUUUCUUGGAGUAGCUGCAAAUCUAUUCCCACCUGGGACUCAGCCUGCAAGGAGCUCUUGGAGGGGCUAAAUUUUCCAGACUCCCCAGAUUAUGGUAGCAACAGGCUGGAUGCACCUGCUGCAGCAUUACCAAAGAUUUCUGCACUUCUGAUGUACCCCCUGUGGGUAUGCACUUGUAAGGUAAAAGGAGGAGAGAUUUGGGGCUAUCUGCUUCUAACCCCUUGGUGAUGCUGCCUGUAGAGGAAAGAGUGCAGUAUUUAAGAAUAACGCAGCACCCACGGUCGGUUUCCAGAGGCCUCCCGCAGACCGCCCUGAGCCAACUCCGAAUAAAUAGCCCUUUCCCUGAGACAGAAGAGGUGUUGAAAAAAUCACAAAACAAGAUGUUUACAGCUUUGAAGUAUCAUUCAACAGACUAUUUAUAUGAGAGCAUGGCAAGGCAGAAGUUUUCCAUCUGGAGAUUAUCGCUUUGCUUGCCUCCUUGUUUACAUCAAGAUGAAAAGUAUCAUCUCACUGGACUCUUUGCUGAUGAUAAGUAUAGAAAGCCAUGGACUAGAAUUACUUCAACACAGAACAUGAUCACUAUUUCAGUUUUGGAUCAAUGGAAGCAAAGCUUAUCUGUGGAGGAUUUCCUGGAAAAGAAACCUGUCUCUUCUGUAGUGUUCUAUGUUGGUAAUGAAUUAAUAGAAGUUAUUCCGAGUUCAAAUCCCUGCUCUCAGACUGACAUAGAAGAACUUUUUUUACUUACGAAGAAUGUUUUUUCAGAAGAAUGCACCCAUGACAAAUAUUUGAAGACUAACUAUACCACUGAAUUUAGAGAACAAUGGCAAGAUUUAUGUAUGGAAGAGGAACUUGUUUUUAUUGAUAAUCUAGAAAAUUUUCGUAAAAAACUGCCUUCUUCAUCUGUACUUCUGAGCAGACUACAGUAUUUUCUAGUAAAAGAUCCCCUUUUAGAUUCUGAAGGACAGAAUUUAACAGAAGAGAACAUUUUCAGGGAAUGUUUGACUUUCCAAAAAGAAAUGAAGAUGGAAGAGGUUAAAAAAGAAUUGCAGGGGAUUAAAGAGAACUUCUGUACCAUAUCUGUAAAAGAUGAAGAGUAUUUCACGUUGCCUGUUGAGUUAGAAUUCUGCAAACCCAGCAAUGGCAGAUCAGAUUCUGUUAAGAUUCCAUCAUAUGUGGAAGUGAAAGAGUUGUUGAAUUUAGUUCCAGAAACUAUGGCUGAUGAAGACAGGUACAAAGAGGUAAUCAAAGAAGAUCUUAAAGCAGAAAUUGCAUAUGCAAUAGAAAUUUCCAAGUACUGUCCCAAACCAGAAGAGGUUUGCUCCACUAAUAGCAGAAGUAUGUUGGAAUUCUGUGAGUCAGGCUUUAUGCAAUUUCUAGCGAAAUCUGUUCCAUAUCUGAAAGACGAAAUGGAUGUACCUUUAACCCCUCCAUGCAGACAACAAAGAUUGUGGGUUAAUUUUCUGUGCACAGGACUUCAAGAAGAACCUAUUCCUCUUUCUGGUAACAGUAUUUUGAUUACAGAGCCCUCUAGGAAAAACUUAGAAUGUUUGGCAUGGCAAUCAGAGAAGUAUCGGGAUAAUAUGAACUCUCUUUUGCUUGUUGAGCAUCAGGCUGUUAAACUUGCAUAUCAGCGUUAUUCACUUACAGAAUUGAAGGAAAUGCUACCAGUUGAGGUAGAAGCACCAGUGCUUAGCUCACUAGAGGAGGGCUGGUGGCUUCAUUUGGGUUUAAAUCCAGUCUCCAUAGAAACUUUGGAGCAAUUAAAUAUGGAUGCCAGUAAUGCAAACCAUUUGCUUCCCACGGAAGUAGAAACAUUCAUACAAUUUACAUCAUAUCAGUUAGAAAGAUGGCUUGAAGAGAAGAAUUCCAUGACAAACCAGGAGCUUCUUUCUGCUGAAAGACAUCAGUUGGACAAAGUAAUUAAUCCUUCCAUGUCACCACGGACUCAAAGGCAGUGCUUUGCCCCGCAAGUGAGUGCUGGACCAUCUGCCAAAAUUCACAGUACAAAUACAUCUGUGGAAGAGCUCACUGGAGGAAGCAUAAGAAAGAGUAAUGUAGAAGAAGCAAUUUAUUCCUUAAACCAAGAAAAGAAACCCACCAAAACAUCUGAAUCAAUCAGCAGUAAAGAUGUGUCUUCUAAACGAGACAACUCAUCCAGUAGUCAAAAGCCUACAUCACUUGCACCUGCUACAAAAUGGGACAAUGAUGAUUCUGAUCUGAGCAACUUUAUCAUGCUGAGAUCUAAACACACACUCACCCAAAAAGAAGAAGAAAAUGACAUAGAUAGUCCUAGAAAAGUGCCACAGCCUGAAGAACAACAUAUGCAAGUUCACGAAGAGGACAGUUCUGUUUGUGAGACUGCAAAAAUAGAAGAAAAAGAACCAGAGAAUGAGGACAGUGUCACAGUCAGUAUUAAAGCAUCAGAAAGCCAAUGCCAGGCAUAUUGCCUCUUGGAAGAAGCAGCCGCUCCUGUUCUAAAGGAUUUGACACAUCUGCGUGUACUUGCUUCUGUAAACUGGAGCUUUGACAGCGUUAAAUUUGAUCAUACAAGGUUUUUCUUAAAACAGCAAGAGAAAGUGAUAUGUGAUUGUUUUAAAGAAGGUAAAGUAGAUGAGAAAGACAUCAUGCUGUUCAGACACGCUGCUCUGGUGCACCUGCUGGUGACAGUUCGAGAUCUUCUGUUGACAUGUGGCUUGGACACCGCAGUAGGUUAUUUAUCCAAGGCAAAGGAUAUCUAUAAAAACAUCUUAGAAUCCUGUUUGAAUAACAUCUGGAGGCAGUUGAAGAUUGUGCAGUACAGCAGCCAGAAAAAGCAUGAAAUAAAUCCCAAAAUUACAGAGCUUCAGUGUCAAAUUUUAAAUUGGAUGCAAAGAUAUGGAGGGGAGCACAGUGUUAAGAUACUAAUCAUAACAAGAAUGGACUCAGAGAGAGAAAAAGCUGCCCUCAUUCACGCUUUAUCUACAGUAGAAGGUUUAAAAGCUAUGGAUCUGAAUUCUGAGAAAAAAGGAACCAUUUUAGGUUGUAAAGAUAUCAUAAGCAACCUUGGUAGAUAUUCCUGUAUUAUUAUACAUAAUCAGCAAAUUGGAGCUGACUUCCCUUGGACACACUUCUCCUUAGUAGUGGAAUUUGAUUACUCUGAAAACUCUUGCUGGAAAAAUCUGUGCAAAAAUCUAAAUGUUAGUUACAUGACUUUUAAAACCACCCUCCCUGCAACAAUCCAAAUGGGGAAUCCUUGUGGUUCCUUUCUUCUGGAGGUACAGAUUCCAUAUGUAUUUCUGGCAACUGAAGGUCUUCUUAAUAUGCCAGACAUUCUUCAACUUUUGGAAUCCAAGUACAGCAUUACCUUUGUUGAGAGAAGCAGUAGUUACUCCUUAAGGCUCUUUGGAAGGACAGAUCAAUAUGUUGUCUUGACAAUAGAUGAAUGUACUGCUAUCUUUUUGCAGAGCAUGGAAGAACUAAAUUAUGAAAAAUCCUAUGACAAUGUAAUAUCAAAGCUGAUGGUGUUAUCACUCCAAUAUACAUGUUGUUGGAUUCUUUUCUAUUCCAGAGAAAGCAUGAGUUUAGAGUACAGUCUCAGGGGAGAUACUCUGCUUAACGUUGCCUUAUUUUAUGCCACUCUAAUUGAACUUACACAGAAGUCAGAAGACUUUGAAGUGAAGGUAGUUCUUAUGCCAGGGAUUGAAGAGGCAGCACUGGUAAUUCGUCAGAUUGCUGACAACAUUUUGAUGGUAUCUAAUAUCAGUCCUCAUGAGUGGUUGGACAAAUCCUGGCUUUCUGUCCUGCCAUCUGAGACAGAGCAAUGCCUGCUUACUUUUCCAUGUAUCAACCCUCUGGUUGCUCAGUGUAUGUUAAAGAAAGCAUCUUCGUUGAACAGAUUGUUUCUUGCAAGCUUUGAUCAACUUCAGGAACUCCUCCCAGAGGUUCCAAAAAAAGUAUUAAAGCAUUUUAGUGACAUGACAUCUUCAUACAGCCUUAAUACUGCUGCUCCACUAGAAAGAGCAGCGAAAGGUGCAUCACCCCCAUCACCCCUAGAAAACCAGAAUAACUUCAACACAUUCUAUCCAGAUUGUAAACAAAAUCAUCGGUCUUUAGAACUGCUUGGAACAUCUCCUAUGAAUUCUGAAGCCAUAAUUCCUCCGUUGAAUCAUCGGCAGGGUUUUCUUGACUCUGAUCUUCCAAGCUGUGGGCAAAAGAAGUCAUGUUCUUCAGAAAUAAUUACAGAGAGGAAACAGAAUUUCUUUCCUGUGCCAAAGGACUGUGAAGAUUUUGCUCAUCUAGAUGUUUCCAAUUCACUUCAUCUUCAAAGGCAGCCUUUCAGUAUGCACCAUAGCACUGGUCAUUCUUCCAAAAACUCUGAAAAAGAAGAUUUCUUUGCAACUUUCAGUGACUAUGCACCUCAGGAGAGCUCUAAGAGUUUUCUAGAAGAGUUUAGAGACACAACAUUUAAGAGCCCAGAAAUUCUGACUGACCAGACCCCAUGGAAUGACUCUUCAUCCACCGGCCCAUUUGCACCUGAUGGUUUUCUCUCUGAAUUCUUUGUUGACUCAGAUGAGCCUCAAAGUCUGAAUUUUCACCAAAUAGGGAGAGAAUCUGAAGGAAGGAGAAGGCUAAGUCCACCAUUCUUAUGGACAAGGGAGAAAAAUAGAACAGAUACAGGAUUUGCAGAAGUACCAGCGUUCAAAAAAAGGAGAUUGACAUAUGAAAGAGUCCCUGGAAGAAGUGAUGGACAAACACGUCUUAAGUUCUUUUGAACAGAGUGGGGAUUUGCAUACUACACAUACUUUUUAAAAUUCUUAAACACCUUGAAGGGAAAUAAAUUAAAUUCUUUUUCAUGUUCAUUUCUAGAGAGAAAUUAGGGUUUGUGAAUCCUUACUAAUUUGGGAUUCUUUUGUAUGUUUUUAAAAUUUUACUAAACAACUAGUUCCUUGAGUCUGGAGAAUUGUUGCUCCUCUCUUUGUUCUCAUGGGUGAUAUAAAGGUAUUUUAUCACUCUUGAUACAAAAAAAAAUAAAAUAUGAAUGAAAAAACCUA